AUGUCAGCCCACUUUAUUGAACUUGGAUCUGGUCUGCUGGAUGAGAAAUCACUGAUUUGCUGUAGGAGUGUCUGCAAGUACUGGCGGCUCAUCGCAGAGGAAACAUUGGAGGAAAUCAGACUCACAGAAGUUCUCAACAGCCAAAUUAAAGACAUGAUGGAGUGUUGGCGCAGGAACCGCAUUCCCAGUCCUUCUUUUGCCAACUUUGUGGAAGUCCCAGUUCCUUUAAACGAUGAUGAGCAGGAGGACGUUCCUUCUACUUGUCAGGAGGUUGUGCCGUUUCAAGCCGUCUACAACAAGAUUAAAACAAAGACAGUAAAAAUGGAAGAGAGAAAUGUUUAUUGUGGCGCAUACUUUAUAGACGUGGUGCUGAAACAAGAAGACAAGAACCGUGUUCUGGACUAUAGAGGAGGCCGCCUGAUGGCGAUGAGCUACAAUAAAAAAUGGGUGCAGCUGCUUCGUGUGGCGUCGGAAACAAAAACCAUCGCAGUCCUGAAAGGGCACCUCGGCCCGAUACGGGCCAUGCUGCUUUGUGAGGAAAGAAACCUGCUAAUAACUGCAGCUUGUGAUUCAAAUAUCAGAUGUUGGAAUAUAAGAACAGGCAGGUGUGACAUGGUGCUCUGCGGUCAUUCUGGAACCAUAAACUGCCUGGAUGUCCACGCCGACAGCCUAGUCUCAGGAAGCAAAGAUUGCACAGUAAAAGUUUGGAGUCUGCACACCGGGCAGCGUCUCCAGGGUUUGAGGUUCAGACACCGCGCUUCUGUCCAGUGUGUGAAGAUCAACAGAGCUACCAUCUACAGCAGCUGUAAUCAGGGAGUGGUGAAAAUCUGGAACAUGGAGAAUGGAUCGUUGCUAAAAGUGAUCAAAGCCCACAGGAGCUCGGUGAAGUGUUUGUUUUUAGAUGAGUGGCACCUUCUGUCCGGCGACUCUAAAGGCAACGUCAUGGCCUGGAGCGUCAACUGUGGAGCCUCAGGAUGCCUCAUGACGUUCAGCCACCCAGAGGCGGUGAAAUCUUUAACCCUCACUUACCUCCGUGUUAUUACCGGCUGCUCUGAUAGAAAGAUUCGUAUAUUUAACUUCCUCAAUGGAGACUGUCUGACAUACAUAACCCUGAGGCCUGAGUCAGGCCCGCUGCUGUCUUUGUGCUUCCAAGAAAACAGUAUUUUAGUGAACACAGCAUCCAGUGUGCAGCUCUACCAGUUUUCCAAAGUGGUUUGGGAUUACACCAACAGAGCACAGGAAAAUGUGGUAACUCAAGGCGGUUCGCUCUCUGAGACAUCUGCAGAUAAGGGCAGAAAAAUGUCUCACACCUUCCCAGCAAGAGGUGACAUGGCUCCACCGAGUCAAAGGACCCUUUACUCAAACAGUGUGAAACCAAAGAGCACAUCGUUUCUUCAAGAGAGUCGAUUCCAUGUUAACCAAAGAGUGUGUGGUGAGAACCGUAAACAGCCAGUGAUUCAGAGUGAAAAAGCAGCAUGUGGAAGGAUGAAGAAGAGAAGUGCUCAUCAUCCUCCCACACGCGACGCCUUGUUCUUAAGGCUGGCCGCCAUCCAGAGGGCACGAUGCGUAGACGAGGUCAGCAUCAACACGGAGUACAAUGCCAGACUCGGAGAUUUGUGGAGGGCAGAACACAACCUAAGAAAGGUUUCCACUCCCACUGACUCCACAAAGAGAUUGGCUCAGGAAAUGUACCUCAGAGGGGCUGCUUUAGCUUUACGUCUCUUCUCCAAGCUGUGAGGAUUCAGAGGUUUCCAGCUGGAAGACUGUUUCCAGUCCAAGACAGACAAAGCAGAUCAUCCAACAGACCUUCCCUGA